AUGGCGGAAGGGGAGCAGAGUUGAGUUUUCUCUGAGUUUUUAUUCCAACUGUAGAACCCUCUACAACAUCGUUUCCCUCUUCCGAAUCAACUCCCGCGACUAUGGGGAACGAAGGCAGCAUCGAAGGAGAGGGCCAGCCGGGGCAGGCCGGCUCCGCUGUUCCUUGUGCCGGGGCUCCGACUUCCAUUUCAGCACCAACGGGCUCUGGACAGCUCAUCAAGCCCAGCAAUGGUGCGCCAACCGGAGGAACUGGGGCCGGACCCGGCCCGGGGAUUAACAGCGUCUCUGGAAGACCCCCCCAGACAGACCCUGGUUCGGGCCCCAAGGCGGGGGUCCAGACUGGACCGGGGACAGGGGACCGUCUGGCCUCCCAGGGAGAGCAGCAGGGCCAGGGCCACAUGGCCCGGAAGAACCUCCAGGUGGACGUGGGCAGCAGCAGGGCGGGGCGGUCCCCCUCAGCUUCUCCCGACCGGGGAGGCGUCACCCCCACUUCGCCCUACUCUGUGCCCCAGAUCGCCCCCAUGCCCAGCAGCAAGCUGUGCCCCGUGUGUAAGACGGCCGACCUGACAGGCACCACGGAUGACAACCAACCCAACGCAAACACCUGCACCCAGUGCCGUUCCACGGUGUGCAACCAGUGUGGCUUUAACCCCAACCCACAUCUCACUGAGGUCCAGGAGUGGCUCUGUCUGAACUGCCAGAUGCAGAGAGCAUUGGGAAUGGACAUGGAGACACCUCGCUCCAAGAGCCAGCAGCAGAUCCACUCUCCGUCCCACCACGCUAAACCAGAGCCCACCUCAGAGCCCCACCCCCAGCCCCAAGCCCUGCCUCAGGCCCAACCCCAGCCCCAAGCCCCUCCUCAGGCCCAACCCCAGCCCCAAGCCCCACCGCAGGCACAGCCUUUAACCCAGCACCAGGCUCCGACACAGGCCCAACCACCACCGGGGGCUAACAGACAGACUAGUCCUGGCCCAGCCCAGACCCCUCAGCAGCAGAGAGGCCCAGGGGGUCCAGCUCCAGGCCAGGGUCAGGGUGGGGCUCGUCUCCCCCCAGGGGCCGUCCCUCUCCCAGGCAUGGCCAAAGCCCCGUCCCAGCCAGACCUCCGUGGCUCCCCUGCCCACCAGCCCCUGCCGCUCCGUCAGGACCACACCCGCAGCGCGGGGAGCUCUCCGUCCCGCCAAGCCCCACCCCCGGCCGCCGCUCCCGAGCAGACCUUUGGGAAGCUCUUCGGAGGUUUCGGGGGCUUCGGCGCGUCCCUUCUCAACCAGGCCAGCACACUAAUAUCAGUGGACCCGGUACCGACCCCGCCCCAACAGCAACAGCAGCCACCCAAACCUGCCCCCAAGCCAGCCGGACCUCAGGGACCUACAGCCGGGGCGGGGAAACCUCCAGGGGCCACUCCGGGCCGGCAGGGACCCCAGGCACCACCUGGCAGACAGCAGCAGCAAGCCUGCUGUCCCCUGUGUAAGACCAGCCUGAACGUGGGCGUGGCCACCGAGACGCCCAACUACAACACCUGCACCCAGUGCCACGCCCAAGUGUGUAACCUGUGUGGCUUCAACCCCGCGCCGCACCUGGAGAAUAAAGAAUGGCUCUGCCUGAACUGCCAGACCCAGAGGGCUUUGUCUGGGGCCCUAGGAGAUGCUCCACCCCCUGUUCCUCAAACAAUGGGAUCCCCACGGCACCCAGUUCCAGCCAAUCAACAACAGCCUCAGCAGAAAGGGCCAAAUCAGCAGGCAGGGCUACGGCCCACUGGUCCUCAACAGCAACAGAAACCACCGGGUGCCCAAGUAAGUGGCUCCCCUUUCUCCACUGCCAAACAGGCAGGUCCUAGCGCCCAGAGCAAGGGACCUGGUCAGCCCUCCCCCGCCAAGGCACAGCCCGCCCCAGCUAAGAAUUCACCCACCCCUGCUAAGACAGCCCAGCCCUCCCUUGCUAAGGGAGCUCCAUCCGCUGCCAAAAUACCCCAGCCCUCCCCUGCAAAAGGUGCCCCCUCCCUGGCUAAGGCAGCAGCAUCCAGCCCUGCGAAGGGCUCACCCUCCCCAUCCAAACAGACAGGACCCACUGCUCAGAGCAAGGGUCCUGCCCAGCCCUCCCCAGCUAAGGGCGCUCCCUCCCCCGCUAAAGCUUCAUCCACCCCGACCAAGGGUACAGCCUCUCUUGCUAAGGGUGCGCCUACCCAACCUAAACCCAACCAGAGUGGACCCAACAAGCAGGCCGGGAAACAGCAGAGCCAGGAGAAAAACAAAGUCCCCCCAAAAAGUCAGAAGGAAGCAGAAGUCAAGGCACCGCCCAAGAAAGGAGGACCUGAGGUCAUCACCACAUUAAAAGAUGAAAAGAACAAACCGGUAGAGGACUUGGAAAAGUCAAAACACCAUGACGAUUCCAACAAGUCCAGCACACACAGCCUCAGUGACACAGGCUACUCCUCUGACGGCAUCUCCGGCUCUGUGGGCGAGAUCAUGGGGCAGAUCCGGGAGGAUCCUGGGGGUAAGCUUACUGAGCGAGGCCCCUGCAGCCCCUCUGAGAUUACCAAGCUGGAGAGCUCCAUGCGGCCGCUGCUAGAGUCCAAGUCCAAGACCACUGCGGACCAGGGCAGGGGGAGGCCUCACUCUCUGUCUAUCGGUCAGGGCGAGGAGUAUAACUCGGACGGGGAGGUGUCGGACGAUCUCAGCUCCAAGUUGCGCCAUGACUAUGUGGAGGACAGCAGCGAGAGUGGUCUGUCCCCCUUGCCUACCAGGCAGAAGAAGUCCCACAAAGAAAUGACGGACGAGGAGUUCAUGAGAAGGCAGAUAAUGGAAAUGAGCGCCGAUGAGGAUGAGAUGGAGGAGGAGGAUUAUGGUUACCAGAAAACCAAAAAUAAAAAGGAUUUGGGCAAAGAGAAACGACGCAGCCUCACCCACCAUUCCAGUAGUUUUGAGGAGGACACAAAAGGCGCCGAUGGUGAAGACGACGAAGGUAUGAUGGCGUCCCAAGGUGGCCUGCGUCGGUUUAAAACCAUCGAACUGAACAACUCGGAGCAUGAUCUCAGAGAACCAGAGCUGGAGAUGGAGAGCCUGACUGGAUCACCGGAGGAGCGGUCGAGGGGGGAGUAUUCAUCCACCCUCCCUGCCACCACUCCUAGUUAUACCUCUGGCACAUCUCCUACCUCUGUGUCCUCUAUGGAGGACGAUAGUGACAGCAGCCCCAGUCGCCGGCAGAGACUGGAGGAAGCCAAGCAGCAGAGGAAGGCUCGCCACCGCUCCCAUGGCCCACUCUUGCCCACUAUCGAGGACUCCUCAGAGGAAGACGAGCUGAGGGAGGAAGAAGAGCUUCUGAGGGAACAGGAGAAGAUGAGAGAUCUGGACCUGCAGAGGAUUCGCAGCACAGCCAGGAAAACCAAAAGAGACAAAGAGGAGCUGAGGGCCCAGAGGCGUAGAGAACGAUCCAAGACUCCGCCCAGCAACCUCUCUCCCAUUGAAGAUGCAUCCCCGACAGAGGAGUUGAGGCAGGCAGCAGAGAUGGAGGAGCUCCACAGAUCCUCCUGCUCUGAAUACUCCCCUUCCAUGGACUCAGAGGCAGAGGGCUUUGAAAUGAUGGGCUCCAAACUUUACAAGUCAGGAAGCCACCACAACCUACCUACCUUCAUGUCCCUCUACUCCCCCACGGAAAAACCUACAGCCACUUCACCAUCUGACAAGACAUUGAAAAGUGCAGAGGAGGUGUAUGAAGAGAUGAUGAGAAAAGCAGAGAUGAUGCAGCAGCAGCAGAGACAGUCAGUAAAGUCAGGCCAACAACAAGGACAUUUGCAAAGGCAAUCUGAUGGAGCAACGCUGCCUAGCAGUAAACAACAUCUAGACACUGGAGCUCCUCUAACCCCUGGCUCCAGCCCCACGCAAAUCUCGGCACCUGUGUCAUUCUCCUCAAAUGAUCCACGUGGUGUUGGAAAAGGGGCCACCCAAGGAAUCAGUGUGACACAACAUCUAUCAAAAGAAACACAAGACAGGAUGAGGACACAGACUGCCAAGAUAGGGGGUGUUAUCCCAUCAGCUGCUGGGAGACCAGGUUCACAGGGACCUGCCCAGGGGGCACCAUCUCCUGACCCUGGACCAUCUUCCAUCGCAUCCUCCCUCUUCUCCUAUUUCAAAGGCCCCAGUCCUCCUGUUUCCCCUUCUCCCUCUCCCUCACAGAGCCCCACUCAUUCCUCAUCCCCACGACCCACAGGGCCUGGGGGUUCCCCACGACAUUCACAGCCUGGCACUGGUGGCCCAACUGCUACGAUAUCAGCGCAGCAACAUGGAGCACAGACUCCUCAAAGAGCUGCAUCACCCCGCCUUGCAAGACAACCAUCCUCUGACUCACCAGUAAUGGUGAUAACGCUGGGUUCUGAGACCCCAACCAGUCCUGCCAGACCUCUGACUGUAAACUCUUCAACUUCUCCCCUGUCUUCGCCAACGCAGGGUGUCCAUCAGCCUAUGUAUCAGCAACAGAUUCCUUCAACGAGCUCCCCAACCUCCCCUCACAUGCAAUUAUCCAACCAAUCACCUCAACAUGGUUUACAGAGAUCCCAAACUCCAGAGAGGGUCAAUAUUGGUAUCAGAAUGACAAUGACAACUACAGCUGACACAUACAGUCGUGGGCAAAUGUCAAUGGAAAAUAUUUCCCUAUGCAGGAUCUCCAACGUUCCAGGUACCUCUAGGAUUGUGGAACACGGCCAAAUGCAAAUGCAUCCAAGUGGACCUGCAUCUGUGGUGGAUCUGCGAGCACCAAUAAAAACCACCCCGAUCAUCAUGACUGACCAGGGCAUGGAUCUAACGUCUCUGGCAACUGAUACAAGGAGGUAUUCCCUUGAUGCUGAACAGCCUCCCAGCCGUCAUACAGCAGUGCAGCCUCUAAAUGCAGCCAUGAACCUGAAUGCACAGGAGCAGCCCCACGUUUCAGCGUCCACUCCAACAACAGUUAGCGUUACUGUGGCAGCCUCCAUGUUUAUAUCGCAGCCAAAGGGGCAUCCUGUGAUUUAUGGAGACCCUUUGCAGAACCGUAUGGAUCUGGGUCAAGGUGUUGGGUCCGCAAUGUGUUUAGCACAAACUAAGCCAGCCAUUAUUGACCCGUCCAUUCCUAAGAUAGAUGCUUGUCUGGAGGAUCUGGGCAUCCAGCAGCAGCAGCUCCAGCUGCAGCAGCAGAAACUCUUACAGCAACAACAGCUCCUGGAGCAGCAGCUACAGCAGCACCAACAAUCCUCCUUUGCUCGCUAUAACCUAGCAAAUCAGGUCCCGCCGCUGUUGCUGAAAAAAGACCUGGUAGUGAGCCAGACAAGCAGCAGCGGUUCCCAGCCUGUGGUCAGUGUCAGUGCCAUUCCUAGAGUAAGUCCAAUGCCUCCCCAGCCACCAUCUGUGACUAUACCGCCGUCUAACACCGUACAUGACUAUGGCCAGGGUAGUCUUGCCCUGGAAUUAAAGAACAAGCCCACCGUCAUGAACCUGUCCACGGGAAAACCCCAUGUCAUGAUGGUCCAACUGGAAGACAACAGUGCAUCACAGGCAGCCACAGUGACUCAACUUGUCAAAGAGCCUCCUCCUCCUCCCUCACCCCAGGUCCUGGAUCUUACCGGUGGACAGAUACAGAAACCAGAAAACCAAGUGGCUUGUUGUGAUGUUGUUUACAAGUUACCAUUUGGUGGAAGCUGUGCAGGGAAUUUAACUCAGAAGACUACCACUGAACCUUCCCAAGUUAGCCUUCCUCAAACACCCUCACAGUACAGUGUAGGCCAGCAGCAGCACCACCAGCAACAACAGCAACUACAGCAGCAGCAACAACAACAACAGCAGCUACAGAAGCAGCAACAACAGCAGCAACUACAGCAGCAACAAAAACAGCAACAACAACAGCAGCAACUUCAAAAGCAACAACAGCAGCAACUUCAGCAGCAACAACAACAGCAACAACACCCUGGAAAUAAUGGCUACCAGGGAGCAAGCAUGCAAGAAGCACCAGAGGAGUGUAAACCAAUUCAGGGAGUUCCUCCAUACCCUAUACCACCUGGAGGGAGGCUUCAACCUUCCAUGUCUGACACCAACCUGUCUAAUGCAGGGCUUCAGCACUAUCAGAGGACAGAUCCUGGGGACCUGGCAGUGGAUCUGAGCACCAUGAAUCAAGCUUACGAAGGCGGAUAUAUUGGCAUGGGUGCACAGUACGGAUCUUACACAGACUUACGUCAUCAAGGGGAUGUUGCAGGUCCUCCCUUGCCUCUGCGAAGGUAUGGCUCAAUGUCUAACAUCAACCAAGAUUAUGGCUAUGGUCAGGUAGGUUUACCGGAUGCCAAUCUGGCAACGUAUAGUGCCACAACUGCCAGGGAGAUCAGCCGAAUGUGUGCAGCUCUGAACUCUAUGGACCAGUUUAGUCAGCGUUAUAGCAACCCAGAGUUGAUGCAGUAUGGUGCUGGAAGAGGAGCAGGGCCUGCAGCCAGGCUCAACCUACAGCAAAGCUUAGCAUCAAUCCGAGCCAACCUACUCUAUGGCCCUGAUGGAAGGCCCACUGCACAUGGACAGGCCCUAACCAAUCUGAUCAACGCCAGACAAGCAAGCAUACGGGCUUUAUAUCCGUCUGCACUGAGAGCAGCUGAUGGUAUGACAUACUCCACCAUCAACACCCCUAUUGCCUCUACCUUGCCAAUAACCACCCAGCCUUCCUCUGUUCUGCGACCCAUCCCACAAGGAAUAUACCGUCCGUACCCUGCAGGAGUGACCGCUGUACCACUCGCUAGCCUCACCAGGUUGCCUCAAAUAACCACAAGGAUGCCUCUGUCCACACAGGGACCUUACGGAUACCCUUCCCCCAACCAGUUCCCAACAACAGCUGGUGCUCCUGGAAGUGUACCAGACACAAGCACCUCAACCCAAGAAGCUCCUGUCUACCUUGGGAAGCCUUCUGCAAUCAUUUCUGUGCACACAGCUUCAACCUUACCACCUGCCCAAGUGGUUUCUCAUAUGGGUGCACCAACUACUGCAAUGCCAAUUCAGUCUGCAGUCGUCCCGGCAAACCAACAGACCCCCGAAACUCAAAACCAAGCGCACAUUGUUACAACCCACCUUCAGACUCAAAGCCAAAUGCAAUCCCAAAUGCAGCAACAAUUACAAACUCAAAUGCAACAACAGAUACCUGUUCAAACUCAAGCUUUAUCUCUCACUCAAUCCCAGUCACAGCCAAUAACUCACACUCACCCACAGGCUCUAGUGCAGCCCCAGACCCAGACCACUUCCCAGAUUGCUCCUACUGCAGCAGCCAACACCACCAUUGCCACAUCUGUCGACUCAGAAUUAGAAAAGGUUGAGGAGCGUUUGAGACAGCAACAGGAGCAGAUGCUGCAGAUGGAAAGAGAGCGUGUGGAGCUGGAGAAACUUCGGCAGAUGCGUCUUCAAGAGGAGCUGGAGAGAGACCGCAUUGAGCUCCAGAGGCACAGGGAGAAAGAGCAGCUGCUGGUGCAGCGCGAGAUUCAGGAGCUGCAGACCAUCAAGCAGCAAGUCCUACAUCAACAGCAAUCAGAGAGGGAGACCCAGCUAGUUAUGCAGAGAGAACAGCUGGCGCAGCAGAGGAUGCAACUGGACCAGAUCCAGUCACUGCAGCAGCAGCUCCAGCAGCAGUUGGAGGAGCAGAAGAGGCAGAAGACGGCAGCGGUGGAGGCAGCAGCUGCUGCAGCAGCAGCUGAGGCAGCUGCGGCAUCUGCAGCCGCAGUUGCUGCAGCCACCACUGCUCAAGGUGCCAUGCAAGGGGUAGUAGUCGGAGGAGGAACCCCUCAAGGUUUCAUAAUCUGUGACAACAGUGGUAGGGUGAUUCAACAGGAUGGCCAAAGUGUGCAGUUCUGGCAACCCCACAUGGAAGGGCAGGUGGUCCAGGCAGUGGUGGCCCCAAGGCCUAUACAAAGCUCUGCCUCUGAGAUGUCCUUGAGAAACAACGAGGAUCAGGCAGGCUCCAGAGUCAUGAAGAAGCAGAACUCCAUGCCUCGUCUCAGGGAUGGAUCCGAGGAGGAGCCAGUGAGGAGGAUUGCAGAUAGCUGCGUGCAGACGGAUGAUGAAGAUGGGGAGGACAGGUACAUGAACCGCAGGGGCCGGAGGACCAGGCGCAUUGCCGACUGCAGCGUCCAGACAGACGAUGAGGACCAGGCAGAGUGGGAGCAACCAGUUAGGCGUAGGAGAUCGCGCUUCUCCAAGCACUCUGAUUCUAGCGCUGAGGUUAAGCCCGAGGGAACCUCUAAAGUGUCCUCCUCCAGCAUAGCCAUUCAAACCACCAACGACUCCUCGUGCCAGACUGAGACAGAGCAGUUGGGCAGGGUUUCACCUGCAAUCCACAUCACUGCUGCUGAGACAAAUAAGGUGGAACUGUUACACUACAUAUCUGCUCCAGAGAGGACCCGUAAAGGUGAGAGUUUGGCCUGUCAGACAGACCCAGAGGCCCAGUCUCACGGGGUGGUGACCCCUCAGCUUAGUGUUCCUACCACUGUUAGCCCAUACUCCACCACCAUGCAGAUGGUGGGCUCCACUCCGUCUCCUCCUCAAGGGGUGGCAAAGUUUGAGAGGAGAAAACCAGACCCUCUGGACAUUGGCUACCAAAGCCAGCAGCAGAAUGAGUCCCCAUCUCGUCAGCCUCCCAAGUCUCCCCAGGUCCUGUACUCCCCUGUGUCCCCACUGUCGCCCCAUCGAAUGCUGGAAACAACAUUUGCCUCCCAGGAGAAGCUCAACAAAGCACACGUCACGCCCCAGCAGAAAGCCUUCACUGCCGAGUCCCCUCAGCGUCAUCAGAGCCUCCCCAGGCCUAUUAAGAGUGUGCAGCGCUCCAUGUCGGACCCCAAACCCCUCAGUCCCACCUCAGAAGACCCUGCCAAGAAUAGGUUUUCCCCGUACCACCAGCAGGCCCUUUCUAACAGUCAGAUGGCCUCCCUGCAGCAGCAGCAGCAGAACUCCCUGAUGAGAAAGGUAAAGAGGACCCUGCCUAGCCCGCCUCCAGAGGAGAGCCCUCUCCCAAUUGUCACCCCAGCCAUGUCCCACAUGUACACACCAGGGAUGCAGCCCCAGAGGGUGCUGCCCAGGCCCGCCCAGGGGGUCACCAAGGCCGGCCUGCUGAGCGAGCUGAAGGCAGUGGAGCAGGAGUCUACCAAACUCCGCAAGCAACAGCAGGAGCUGGAGGAGGAGGAGAAAGAGAUUGACGCCAAGCUGCGGUACCUUGAGCUGGGCAUCCAUCAGCGCAAGGAGACCCUGGUGAAGGAGCGAGAGAGGAGGGAGCUGGCCUACAUGCGCUGCAUGGGUGACGCCCGGGACUACAUGUCGGACACCGAGCUCAACAACCUGAGGAUGGUGGCAGCCACAGGGACGUUUGACGGUAAUGGUUUACUGACAAGGCCCAGCACUGCGCCUCUGAGUCAGUUCACGAACGACCUCAACGCGGCUUCCCAGUACCCACCCACCUCCUCCUACAUGGCCUAUCAAUACCCACAGGGGCAACCCACGCCCAUGCAGCAGCCAACUGCUGCUUAUCAACAGAUUGGUUUCCAGCCUCCUCAGUACCCGUCGGCCUCUCAGCCCCAGCCAGGAACCUUCCAGCCCCACCCACCCCAAGGGCCAAGUUACCAGACCCCGUCAGGGUACCCAGCUCCGGGGGGCUACGGCCAGCCUUCCUACCAGACAGACCUGGGCAUCCAGCAGCACAUCCACCAGGGUUUCCAGCCACCCAAUCCCUCUAUCCCUGGUCAGAACCUCCCCUACCCAGGCCAGAGUCCUUACCCCGGGCCGGGAAUGUCCUACCAGCCCCAGGCUGAGAUCCUCACCAUUCACCAGAGGCCUCGGCAGACCUCACUGGCUGACCUGGAGCAGAAGCUGCCCACCAACUAUGAGGUGAUCAGCAACCCUGCUGUGUCAGUGGCCACAUCGGCUCCGGACACUGGCUUUGGCUCAGUCUAUGCCUCCAACACCAUGCCCAAUGCCUAUGGGCAGUACCGCCCUCCAGAGCCAGGCUUGACCCAUGGAGUGGACAGCCCCACAUCGGCCUACACUGCAGAUGGCAUGUACACCUCCAACCUGGAGCAGAACAUCCCCAGGAACUACGUAAUGAUUGACGACAUUAGUGAGCUGACCAAAGAAAACACAGGACCUCCUGUUGAUGCUCUGGGGCACCCUGUUGCCGGACGUUAUGGUGAGAACGGCUCGGCACGCCAGACUGGCUACGGCAGUGAGCCUGUCGACCCAUACAUGCCUUCAGGCACCACGGGAUACCAUCAGCAGGGUGCUGUGGAUCCCCGGACCAGCACCACUUUUGGUGGUGGAGGAUCAUCCUACUACUACGAUGACUACAAUAAACACCCCAGUGCAACACGACCAGGAGGCCCGGGGUCUCAGAAACACCCAUCCAAAAAUUUGGCACCCGCCGUCGUCUCCUCUGGCAAGCGCAGCAAGCAUAGGAAGCAGGGCAUGGAGCAGAAGAUCUCCAAGUUCUCCCCCAUCGAGGAGGCGCGGGACGUGGAGUCCGACCUGGCCUCUUAUACCAUGACCACUUCCACUGGAGGCAGCUGUACCAUGGUGUCACGAUCUGGUGGGAAGAAGAGCGGCUAUGACCAGCAGAAGUACUAUGGUGGCCAGCCGGGAAGUCGGGAAGCCCUGGAAGAGGAGGAGCGGAUGUAUGGCUCGGGGAGGUCUCGGUCUACGGGCUACGGGAUGGACAAGAUCUCCUCUCGGGACUCCUCGGGUUACAGGAGCAAGUCGUAUGAGAGGGACGCCAUGGAGCGGUCUCAGAGAGGCAGCCGCGGUGGACGGCCUGGCUUGCGUUCCCAGAACUCAGAGGAGGAGAGCCCCAUCAGCCCCGUGGGAAAGCCUGUGGGGAUCGGACGAGGCGGCACUGGGGUACCAGGGGACCCUCAUGAUGUGAGGAACCAGUACGGCUCCAGCCACUCUCUGCCGGAUGUCCAGGACCACCACAUAAAGGACCUUCCCAGGAGCCAUGUGUACAAGCCUGAUGACCCAUACCUUGUAGACGAUCAGCACUGUGCCGUGUCGGACAGUGAAGCGUAUCAUCUGGGUCAGGAGGAGACAGACUGGUUUGAGAAGCCGAGGGAGGCUCGCUCCAACCGCUCCCGACACCAUGGAAGUGCUGGCCAUGUCUCCACUGGUCGACAACAGACCAGUGCCAACGUGAAGCAUACCUAUCAUGACUAUGACGAGCCUCCCGAGGAGCAGGACCUGUGGCCUCAGGAUGAAUACACCAGCCAACCUCGCCACUCAUCCACAUCCUCAUCCCGUGACCACCGUGGUCACCAUGGUAGCAGCAGUUCAGGGAGGCACUCCUCUUCUCGCAACUCUGGCGAGGAACCUCGGUCGUCCAGUCGAUCUUCUAGAACACACCCCAAGGAACCAUCCGCACGCUCUGAGGGCCGUGGAUCCUCUUCCACCCAAAAGAGGGGGAGCUCGGACCCCCGUUCCUCCCGGGAAGGCUACCGGGACCGGGACUCUGGGGACUAUUCCUCCCGUGACCCGGCCUCCAGCCACCACCGAGAGGGCACUGGGGGCAGGGGACAGAGGCCGCCAGGUACCUCCUCCAGGAGACAGGAAGCAGUUUCUUCUGCUGGCGCCAAGCCGGCCCAGGGCCAGCAGCCCCAGGGUGGUCAAGGCGGGCCCCAGCAACAGGGCCCGCGUUCCAGUGUGGGUCAGCCGGCCCAGCAGCCGGUCCAGCAGCAGUCUGCACAGCAGCAGCAGCAGCAGCAGCAGCAGCAGCAGCAGCAGCAGCAGCAGCAACGUGCCCAGCAGCCGCCCCUGCAGCAGAGUCAACCUCCUCAGACCACGUCUGGGGGGCCUCAGUCCACACCAGGCUCCACAGGGCCAGGAGCCACGGCAGGAUCGGGGACAGGGCUAGCGGGACCAGGAGCUGCUCAGCAGCAGGCUAAACCUGGACCGGCUACGACACAAGGCCGGCAGCCAGGAGCCGGACCCACCGGAGGCCAGCCACCAACCACAGCCGCGACUCCCACACCUGCAACAGCCCUUGGGGGGAUAAAGCCUGCAGCAGCAAUUGGGGGGGCCGCAGCAGCACAGCCACCGAAGACAGCCACACCCCCACUCACUGGCAUUGGCUCUAAAGCAGGCCCCCCGGGAGGUAUAGGCAGCAGACCUGGUGGAAUUGGGAGUGCAGCAGCUGGCCAGCCCCCUGCGGACGGCGGCAACGUUCUCACUAAUAUCCUGGGGGGAGCAGGAGGGGCGGCCGAGCAGGCAGGGAAGCUGGGAGAUGCUAUUUCUGGCCUUGGCAAGAAGUUCACAUCAUUUUGGUGAACGAAAGAGAGGAGGGGAUAGCAGGGAGUCUCCGUACUGGAAAAACCUAUGAAACUGUUUACGGCAUUUUACACAUUUCACAAUCACAACGGAGCGAAGGAGGAGGGCAGAGGAGUGGGAGGAGAAGGUGUAAUCAGGGCUGAAAUCAAAGGAUGUCUGGUCAGCAUUGAACUCCCCAGUCAUGAGCACACAACAUGAGGGGAAUUAGGAUUAGAAUGGGUGGAUGCCUGGUCAGCACUGGCUGGGAUCCCUGACAUGAUCAGAAGAUUGAAGAAGAUUGAAGAGAUGACAAGUGGAUGGAUGUCAUGUCAAAGUGGGGGUCCCGAGCAUGAGCAAAAGAUUAAAGAGGGACUUCUGCUGCUUCUGCUGGCUAUGCGCUGGUUAAUUGCCAGCAAGAGCCCCCCUUAAAGACACCGCAGGAGAGUGAAUGAGACGGAGAGUGAAGAGAGAAAGAAUACACAACACCGUCUGUCUCACCUCCCUGCCUGUCUGCCUGCUUGCUGAGAGGGAAACCACCUGAUUCAGGAACAGAACAGGGAGCUGCCGCUCACGCCGUGGGGCUGGCUUCAGCAUCCUCCGGCUGAAUGGGGGGACAACACAUGAAGCCGGGUGAUGCUUCGUCUUCACCUGAAUCCCUGUCCUCUUUGUGAGGCCAUCACGUAUCUUCUGAGGAAGCUCUCUUUUAUCCUCCAGAGUGUAUUGGGGAAACGUCGCUCCGUCUGACGGUUGUCCACAUCUGACCAGAAUCUGCUCCGCCCAACUCCCAAAUCACGCCCCACUCCCUAUUUCAGUGCGUUGCUUUUUCCAUGGGCCCAUUGGCCUCUGGUGAAAGAGUUGCACACUAUUUGGGGAAUAGGGUGCCAUUUGGGACACGCACAUUGAGAGGAGUACACAUCUGACCAGAAUUCUUAAUCCUUCCACAGGUCUGUGCUCGGAGGGCCUAAUUACUAUCACCAUUAUUAUACAGUGGAGGAAGUAGAUAGAUGUACACAGCUCAUAGGUUUUACUAGUACCAAAGAGACUUCUUCGCCAACUCUCUGACUACUACGCUGAAGGAGGCGAGACGGUACCACGGAGACAGACAAAAAAAACAAAGAAACAAUGUCCCUGUUAUUAACCCCUUGAAUGCUUGGUUUUUAUGAUCUCUACAUUCCAGUAUAGGGGACGACGACCCUUUGGUUGAAUGUGUUUUUAUUUCUUCUCCACCUGUCGUUAUGAUGUCUACCGAACGCAACGUGUACAUGCGGAUGUUGGAAUGCACGCACAAUAAUAAUAAUAAAAAAAGACGAUCAUAUCUUAUUAACACUUUUUCACCACCACGUCCAGACAAGGGGCCGCCAGACCUUACCAGACAUUACUAGAUUCAUUGUAUAGAGACAGGGGGAGGAGCUACCGGUGUGCCCACCAAUAAUAGAGUGUAGGAUCCACACAGGAGAGAGGACCAAUCAGUAAGCAAGCAAGCGUGGCCACUGCUGUCUUUUAGCCAUCGCAAAGCCAUCACUUGUCAAUCCCAGUGCACUUUGGGACUUUGUGGUUUCUUUUUCUUUUUUUUAUUUAUAUGUUAAUUUAUUUUAAUCCUGUUUAGUUUCUUAUAAUUUUUUGCCUGAUAUCUUUCUGAAAAGAAGAGCCUUAUUCGUACAUAUUUUUUACUUGUAUACCUCAUAAGUUUUGAAACCAUCAUAUCAUACCUUUCUUAAUUUUUUUUUUUUUCAGAACUGUAUACUACUGUAUGUACAUAGACCGAUGUAUAUCACUGAUAAUGUAAAUUAUUCAUUUGUCUGUUCAUGCAUUUAUAUUUAUGUGACUUCAGUUUUUAUGGUUUAUGUUUUUGUUUGGUAAAUUGUAUGUAUAUUUUAAUGGUCUAUUGUUUUGUUAUUUAUUAUCUUGCAUUUGAAUAAUUUGCUGGUUCAUUUUUAAAAGCAAUAGCAUGCAGAAAAAGAUAUUCAGCACAAUGGUGUUACUGUUGUUUAAAGUUGUGGUUGGGAAUAUCUGAAACAUGUUAAAAACAGUAAAUAUGUCUGAGAGAGUUGCUAGCCAUACAUACACACCUGAAUCUAAGUUUACGCCCACACAUACACACAACUGCACCGUGACACACUCACACACAAAAACACACAUACAUAUGCAGGAGUGGUCUGAAGCAAUCAUCAUUUCAAAUGUUCUAUGCAAUGAUUCAUUUUGAAACCGGAAAAGACUCCCAAAAAAGUUCAACCAUGAUGACCAAUGUUACUCAUAAGAAUCCAACGAUAUUGUGAAAUGAAAAUCAUCAAAAAACGGCAAUGAACAUUUGUACUCAGCUACUGUAUGGACUGAAUAUAGAACUAUUGAAUCUAGACUUGUUUUUUCUUUUUAUGGCAUGUUUAUUAGUACCCCAUCACUCCCCGUAUGGGGGACUUGUUGCCAAAGGGUUAAUCGUGUAGACUGUCAGUCACGAAUGUCCACCUUUGUGUUACUUGGAGCAUGGGUUUGCUUGGCUUCGUCCGGAUGUUUGUACGCCCUCAUUCAGUCUUGGUGUGUGUGGCUUGACCAGGCCCCCACAGUGCCGUGGAGGGUCCUGCUUACAGUGACCGUCCAGUCUGUUCUUCUAUACAAACUUUUCAUGCAGUGGGUCAAAAAUGAUUUUUUUUUUUGUUAAAUGUCGGUCAGUGUGUUUUAACCUGAAGGAUGGAGGGUUUGUUUCAGGUUUCCGAUUGGUUGAUAAGACGUCAAACCAGUAGAACUGUUACAUAUAUGUUUCGUUGCACAUUGGCAUGAAAUCAUGUGGUCAUAGAUGAUGACUGAAAUAACCUGAACGACUUUGAGGCCACUAAGAACAACAUACCAAGGUGUCAUUGGUAGUUGGAGGGAGAAUGGGUAUGGUAUAUAUCUUAAUGGUAUAUAUCUUAACCUCCAUUUAAAUCAUGCAAUUCAUUUCAGAGCGAGUGAAAAGUUCACUUACGCUGACAUUUUGAUUCAUCCCUACAUGAACAACAGCAGGUCUAGAAACCAGUCUGCGGUCUACUGAACCUUCCAUAUCGAUUCAUCCCUACAUGAACAACAGCAGGUCUAGAACCCAGUCUGUGGUCUACUGACCCUUCCAUAUCUUAAUCUGGGGAGGGGGGCCAUACAGUAUUGUCAAUCAGGUCAGAGGGACUCAAUCUGCUGCUGACCCCAAGCCAGUCAUUCUCUCAUAUCAGGGCAUGUUAUAAUGAAAGCACAAGCCUGACUGGUAGGUUUUUCACUAUACUGUAUGUAAAGAGACCAAUAGGAAAUGUGUUAUUGAAAAAGUCAAUAAUCUCACAGCGUUAAUAUGAAUGAGAGUGGGUAGUAUGAAUCUACACAGACGGACCUUGGUGGUGGUUAGGUAUAGAUAUCUGCAUGCUCACCAACUUUACAGAGAAGUUAUGGUCGAUAAGAGAAGAAGUGCAUGAGACCAAACAGCCUUCACUGACUAAAGCCAACCAGAUGGACAGGCAGACAGACAGACAGACAGACACACAUUCUCACUGUAUAUACAGAUGGAUUCUUCUGUACAGCGUUUGAGUUCAUAGUACGGCCGUCUUGUGCAACCCAGCGCCGUACUUGCUGCCAACAUUUGUGCUUUUGUGUAUAAAAUAAUAUUUAUUAUGAUUAAAUAUUAUUAUCCUGAUUAUUAUUAUAAUGAUGAAACAAAGCAUUGUGUAUGUGGCUGGCUCGUAUUGACUGUUGGCAACAGUGAAACAACUGUGUAGAGUUUCUAUACAUAUUGUGUUUGUAAAACAUGAAGAAAUAUCUACAUGGCAAAAGUUUAUCCAGGCAUUCUAUUGUCAUUCUUUCAGGAGGUUUCAAAAUUGACGAGACAUCAUCAUAUGUUAACAAAAAAGUGAUUGAAAUAAAAAGGAAAAAGCAAAGAAAACACAACAAAAAAUCCAGAAAAAGUCUAUCUCAAGUCAUUCACUGUUGUAAGUGCAAUGGGCGAAAUGUCAGUCGUGUAUCCAUUGUGAAACCUUGUGUUCUAUUCAGUGUAUUCCUGUAAACAGAUAGAGUAACAUUUUGGUGCAUCAUGUCAUGUAAUGUGAUUAAUGAAAAUAAUGACCCUGCAAUUUGUUUCAAAUAAGGACAAAGAAUAAAGAGAAAAUUAAACAUUG